AUGCUCGCCAUCCGGGUGCUGAUCCUGUCGCUGGUUGCCAUUGGCGUGCACUCCAGCUAUGCCCUGCCACCGUCCACGUUUGGGGAAGCUUUGGCCAGCGCGGGUCAACUGUCGAAUAAGCUGAAGGAAACGGCGGCAUGGAAAACGUUCACCGGAAUCGCACGCGACUCCGACUCGCUCAACUCGCUCGUCCGGAUCAUUCCCCGCACAACGAUGGGUUUCGUGCGGGACGUGGUGAGCUCGUUCAAGCGGGAAUCCCGUGCCAUCAUCCUCACCAAGAACGGUGCCCUCGAGGGUCGACUGCAGCAGGUGAAGGGCGGCGGGUCCGGGUUCUUCUACGCGUUCAAGGGCAUCCGGUACGGGCAGGCACCGAUCGGUGAGCUGCGCUUCCGGGCGCCAGUUCCGGAGAAGCCCUGGACGGGCAUUCGGUCGGCGAAUCGCGAGGGUUCGGUCUGCCCGCACCGCAACAUGAUACUGGACAACUUCAAGGGCGGCGAGGACUGCCUUUUCCUGAACGUCUACUCACCCGAGCUGCCCAUCGGCGAGGACAAUCCACGGCUCCCGGUGAUGGUUUGGAUCCAUGGAGGAGCGUUCUCGUUCGGCUCGGGCAACGCGUUCCUCUACGGCCCGGACUACCUCGUACCGAAUGGGGUCGUGCUGGUGACGUUCAACUACCGACUCGGGCCUCUCGGGUUCCUUGCCGUCGGUAAGGACGCUCCGGGUAACGCAGGCCUCAAGGAUCAGGUGUUGGCGUUACGCUGGGUUCAGGAGAACAUUGCCGCGUUCGGUGGUAACCCGGAUGACGUGACGAUUUUCGGCCAAUCGGCCGGAUCGGUUUCGGUGCAGCUACUUACCUUGUCCCCGCUUGCCAAGGGGCUGUUCCACAAAGCGAUCGCCCAGAGUGGCUCCGUAUUGAACCCGUGGGCAAUUGCACGGGACACCCAGGACCGCGCGUUCAAGCUCGGCCAACUUCUGGGCGUUCGGACCAAUGACACGGAGGACCUCCUGCUGCAGCUACGGCGUGCCUCACCUCAACGAAUUGUCGACGCGGCCCUGAAGACACUCACAGCGGAGGACGUACGCCGUAGCAUCGGGUUACCGUUCGUGCCAUCGCUCGAGAACUGGACCGGGCAGGAUGCAUCGACAGAGGAACCUCUGCUAACGGAGGAACCGCUCGAGUUGCUAAAGAGUGGCCGCUAUAGCCACGUGCCCGUUAUGGUCGGGUUUAACUCCCACGAGGCUAUGCUCUUCAUGCGACGAGUUCGCAAGGAUCCCAAUCUCCUCCAAACGAUCGACGAAGACUUUGAGCGGCUGAUACCGCUCAACCUGCAUCUAGACCGUGAGACGGAUGAGGGACGCGAGUUUGCCGCCAAGAUGAAGCAAUUCUACAUGGGCGAUCGACACGUCUCGAACGAAACCAUUCAGGAGAUGAUGAACCUUAUGUCGGAUGUGAUGUUCCUCCACGGUAUCACCGACUAUGCCCGGCUGCAUGCGUCCCACAAUGGACUCAAUUCAACUUGGGUGUACCGGUUCGCGUACGACGGUGCGCUCGGCAUCUACAAGCGGAUACUGGGCAUCGAUUGGCCCGGGUCUUGCCACGGUGAUGAGCUCGGUUACCUGUUCCACUUCGGUUUCCUGAAUCUGCGAUUGGACAGUAGCUCACCCGAGCUACAAAUUAUGCAAAAGAUGACCCGCAUGUGGUCUAACUUUGCCAAAUAUGGCAACCCGACACCGUUCGGUGAGGACGAGCUGCUGUUGGGACUUACCUGGCCCUCGGUCAUACCGAACACGAUGACGGAGCUGCCGUACCUGGACAUCACCGAGACACUCGAGCCCAAAACCAACCCAGAAGCGGUGAGGUUACAGUUCUGGGACGAAGCUUUUACAAAGUACAAUGGAAAUCUAUUGUAA